UUAAUCCAUCUAUUACACUUUCAACAACAACAAACACUCUCAAAUUUCUAAUAAUUAACACCUUCUACCAAAACCUAAAAAUCUAUAUAUCGAAAACCCCCCAAAAAAAAAAAAUUACCACAUUCCUUUCCUUCCUAAGCAAAGCUCGAAACAACAAAAUUUCUCCAUUCUCUCUAUCCGAUUCGUUCAGUUGCUUGUUCUUUCCUUCUGCCCCAUUGCGGUGCUUUGUUGCAGUUCCUUUUUGAAAACAAGUUACAAAUUUAUUAACAGAGAGAAAUGUUGGUGUUUGAAGCAAGAUCAAUUCGAAAACUGAAAGCUUUUACUCGAACUUGUAUAUCUAGUAGAUACCCUACCCUUUUUUAUUCUUGUUACUCAGAUACUCCUCACAUCAAGUCAAAGCUUGCUCCUUUGCAGGAGAGAAGAAUGAUAGACAAGGUUAAGAUAUUUGCAAAAGCAGGAGAUGGUGGUCAUGGUUGCACCAGCUUUCGCCGCACUCGACGUGAUUCCCGCGGCAUACCUGAUGGUGGCGGUGGUGGGAGAGGUGGCGAUGUAAUUCUGGAAUGUUCUCCUAGAGUUUGGGACUUUAGUGGUCUGCAGCGUCAUCUAAUAGCAGAGAAAGGAGGGCAUGGGUCAUCAAAAAAUAAGAUAGGAACCAGGGGUGCUGAUAAGGUUGUUCGUGUACCGAUUGGCACUGUACUUCACCUUGUUAGUGGUGAUAUUCCUUCUACUAUACCCAAAACUCAAUCCUCAACUGAUGUAGACCCUUGGGAUGUUCCUGGUGCACUUGUUGAUGAUCAUUCUGUCAGUCACGAUGGCGAUGGUUCUAUAUCUAAUGUUACAAUGCAGGAAAAAGUCAAACCUAUACGUCCUACUAGCAGCUCUUCAUCCCAAGAUACUGAACCAAAUGUUGAGAAAUCUGUAAAAUCUACUCAUAUUGCAUCAACAGAUGUAUUAUCUCAUCUUUUGUCUUCUGAUGGAAUUCCCAAAUUUGGUACAGAUGAUAUAGGAGAGAAACAAGAGAUACUACACAAUGUUGCUGAAUUAACAGAAGAAGGUCAACAGAUUACUGUUGCUUGUGGAGGAGAGGGUGGUCUUGGCAAUGUGUCUAUUUCCAGAGAUUCAAGGAAGCCUACGACUACAAAGGCAGGGGUAUCAUGUCAGCAGAUAACCAAUCUUCCGGACACUGAUAGUGUUAAUCCUUCCUUAAGUGCCGGUUUACCUGGUUCUGAGACCGUUCUUAUAUUAGAACUCAAGUGCAUUGCUGAUGUAAGCUUUGUGGGAAUGCCUAAUGCUGGUAAAAGCACUUUACUUGGAGCUAUAUCAAGAGCUAAGCCUGCUGUUGGUCACUAUGCCUUCACUACUCUCAGGCCAAAUUUAGGGAAUAUGAACUAUGAUGAUAUGUCGAUAACAGUGGCUGAUAUUCCUGGACUUAUAAAAGGGGCACACCAAAAUCGUGGACUUGGUCAUGCAUUUCUGCGUCACAUAGAACGCACAAAGGUUCUGGCUUUUGUGGUAGACUUGGCUGCUGCCUUACCGGGAAGAAAGGGAAUUUCACCGUGGGAACAACUGAAAGACUUGAUUCUAGAGCUUGAGUACCAUCUUGAUGGUUUAUCCAAUCGACCGUCAUUGAUAGUUGCAAAUAAGAUUGAUGAGGAAGGUGCAGAGGAAGUGUAUGAAGAGUUAAAGAGAAGGGUUCAGGGUGUUCCUAUUUUUCAGGUGAGUGCUGUUUUGGAGGAAGGGAUACCAGAGCUUAAAGCUGGCCUCAGAAUGCUUGUCAAUGGUGAAAUGUCAUGCACACUUUGCUUAGAUCAAAUUUUGCUUGAUUAGAUUUAGAUUCACUAACCCUCUUGUAAGUAUGAGCCAAGAUAGAAUGGAAAUUCUUCUUUGCAUGAUAUCUUGGAGUAGUUUUAAGUCUUUCAAAUUUGUUCUCUUCCCCUGUACUGUACAUGGAGUUGAGUGUUUUAUUACUUGGUUCCAAACCAAAAUGAAUUCCCAAAAGCAAUGGUCAUAACUAAAUCAAUCAUUUGGUA